AUGGCGGCGGCGAUGGCGGCUUCACGCAGAUUCCGCGACCUGCCGCUGCGGCGACUGACAGCCCCCACUCACCUGGGUCUCAACCUUAGCCUUCGCCCCAUGAGCUCCUCUGCACAAGAUGAGGCCUCCAGAGCAGCCCCCAGUGAAGCCCCACACCACAACUAUGAGUCCCUUCGGGUGACAGCUGCCCAGAGACACAUUCUGCAUGUGCAGCUUAAUCGGCCGGAGAAAAGGAAUGCCAUGAACAAGGCCUUCUGGAGCGAGAUGGUGGAGUGCUUCAACAAGAUAGCGCAAGAUGCUGACUGUCGGGCUGUGGUGAUCUCUGGUGAAGGAAAAAUGUUCACUUCAGGGAUCGACCUCGUGGACAUGGCUUCAGACCUCCUUCAGCCUCAUGGAGAUGACGUGGCUCGCAUAAGCUGGUAUCUGCGUAACCUCAUCUCCAGAUACCAAGAGACCUUCAGCGUCAUCGAGAAGUGCCCCAAACCCGUGAUUGCAGCCAUCCACGGGGGCUGCAUUGGCGGAGGUGUGGACCUCGUCACCGCCUGUGACAUCCGGUACUGUGCCCAGGAUGCUUUCUUUCAGGUGAAGGAGGUGGAUGUGGGUUUGGCUGCUGAUGUGGGAACGCUGCAGCGUCUGCCCAGAGUCAUCGGGAAUCAGAGCCUCGUCAACGAGCUGGCCUUCACCGCCCGCAAGAUGAUGGCCGACGAGGCCCUGAGCAGCGGGCUGGUCAGCCGAAUAUUCCCAGACAAGGAUGUCAUGCUGGAUGCAGCCUUCAACCUGGCGGCGGCGAUUUCCAGCAAGAGCCCCGUGGCAGUUCAGGGCACCAAAAUCAACCUGCUCUACUCCCGCGACCAUUCAGUGGCCGAGGGCCUCAAUUUCAUGUCAUCCUGGAACAUGAGCAUGCUGCAAACCCAGGACAUCGUUAAGUCUGUCCAGGCAGCCAUGGAGAAGAAGGAACUGAAGAGCAUCACCUUCUCCAAGCUCUGA